UCACUAAAUUUCGUUCUAAUGAACGGUACAGCGCUUAUACAGCGUUAGAAUGAAUAACACAAGUUUUCUUAACCUGUCGGCUAAUUUCCAUCCCCACCCCCCGGAUACUUCGUACGCCGGAUGGGUCAUGAUCCCGCUGACACUGGCCACCCUGAUCGCCAACAUCCUUCUCAUCGCGGUAUACAUCCGUUUCUCCAGCAUUCGGACACCAUUCGCCGUCUAUGUCAUCAGUCUGGCCUGUGGCGAUCUGCUUCAGACCUUCACUUUGUGCAUCCACAGCACCGUGACCUUAUUGGGUAUUCGUUGGCCGUUCGGUCGGUCACUGUGUAUCCUGGCUCUGUAUUUGAGCUGGGCGCUGGUGUCCUUCUGCUUUCAUAUGCACGUUCUUAUCUGUGCUAACCGACUGUGGGCCGUCACACUGGCUAAUCACUAUCGUCUGUAUCAUAACCGGACAGUUGCCGUGUCGUGUGUCGUGGGUAUCGUUGUGUACAUUAAUGUGUGGGUACUGCCGGGAUUCGGCAUUCAUUUACGCUAUUAUGCCGAUGGAACAGGGGCUUUUAUCUGCGUGCCGGAUUAUCCAGAAUUGAAUUUGUGGGCACAUUCGGCAGAUGUGGCACUUUACUUUGUACCGGAAUUACUUAUCCUGGUCAUGUAUCCAGUUAUUUUCCUAAAGGUCAAUGGAAAACUGAGGAAUAGAGUUCGCACCGGCCAAGACGGCAGUGCGCCAGAAUUCGUUUCGUACACUCAGAAAUCAGCCGGAAAUACCCGGAGUGGCAUCACCAAUGAUUCUAUGCUGACAACGAAAAGCGUCGACGGGACCGGUUUGGAGGAACGAAGCCGUGCCCGGCAACGAAUUCCAGGGAGACCCAUUAAUCCCCGCCGGCAUUUCGCGAUUUUGACAGCUUUAGUAAUCGGAGCAGUAUUAUGCUGGACCCCACUCAAUGUGGCCUACUUACUGAUAAUGUUCCAGUCUUUUACUGGAUAUCAAAUGCUGGCGCCUUGCACUCUGAUCUUUUAUCUGGAUGGCCUGCUUAACCCGCUGAUUUAUCCGCUGGCAUCGGCAGAGUGGCGAGAAGCUUUCAAAAAACUAUUUAGACGUUAGAUUCAUAUUUGUCUAAUUGGGUAAUGCAUUGUUGAAAAUUUUGAUUCAUCCCAGCUGCGUAUAGGGUAUUCCCUGAAAAGGCAUUGGCACAGUUUCUGCGUUAUUAGCCAGCUACUGCAGUGUACGUUCUAGUUCCUUUACCUGAUCACUCCUGAUGUCCAUUGUUUAAUUAAUUAUAGCGUAAUCAAACCUUGCAGAGCCAAGGGCUUCAGCGUAAAAUAUGUUUUAGUGUGUAUGCUUACC